AUGAUCUUUGCCUCUGUAUUUGCCCUCGCUCUCCUCGCGGCCCGCGUCGCAGCUGUCCCGGUACUGGAAGCUCGCCAGGGCAUAUCCACUCUUUCAGCUGCUCAGGUGGCCGCCGUCAAGCCCUACUCGUACUACGCUGCCGCUGCGUACUGCGUGCCCGCCAGAACUAGGGCUUGGGAUUGUGGCACAAACUGCCAGAAUAAUGCCGCCUUCAGGCCCAUCGACUCUGGUGGCGAUGGCGGUGUGACCCAGUACUGGUAUGUUGGCUACGAUCCAAACCUCAGGUCCAUCAUUGUCGGAUUCCAAGGGACUGAGAGCGAGAAGAUCAUCCCUGUCCUUACGAAUGCAGAUUUCAGACUGGACGGGCUUGACAGCGGACUCUUCCCAGGUGUCAGCUCCUCGGUCAGGACUCACAACGGCUUCGGUGAAGCACAGAGGAGAUCGGCAGCCGCUGUUCUCGCGGCUGUCAGGUCGGGAUUGACGACACACGGUGCAACGACUGUCACUGUCGUCGGACACUCCUUGGGUGGAGCUAUUGCUAUCAUCAGCAGUGCUCACUUGGCAAACAACUUGCCUGCUGGAACGACCAUCAAGACCUACACCUUCGGCACUCCUCGUGUCGGCAAUGAGGCCUUCGCCAACUAUGUCAAUGCCAGGUCAGAGAUGGUCCGCGUUAACAACAAGAAGGACCCGGUCCCCAUCAUCCCCGGACGAUUCCUGGGCUUCGCACACACCGAAGGUGAAGUCCACAUCAACGACGCCGGCCAAUGGAUCAGCUGCCCUGGUCAGGACAACACCAACUCGCAAUGCACGAUCGGCGCUGUUCCCAACAUCCUCGUCUCAAAUAGCGGGGACCACAGUGGACCCUACGAUGGCGUUACGCUCCGCUGCUGA